AUGUCCCUGCCGGAGCUGGAGGAGCUGGCGGAAAUAGAGCUGCAGAGAGAUGAGGAGGAGGCGGCAGCCGUCCCGGGCGCCGUGAGGAGACCCUCGGUGGUGCCCACAGCCAGCCAGGACCCUGCACUGAGCGUGAGCCACCCCUUCUACGAUGUGGCCAGACACGGCAUCCUGCAGGUGGGAGGGGAGGACCGCCUCGGGCGACGCAUCAUCACGUUCAGCUGCUGCCGGAUGCCCCCCUCGCACGAGCUCAACCACAGGCGCCUGCUGGAGUAUCUGAAGUACACGCUGGACCAGUACGUGGAGAGCGACUAUACCAUCGUCUACUUCCACUGCGGGCUGACCAGCAGGAACAAGCCGUCCCUGCACUGGCUCCGGGGCGCCUACAAGGAGUUUGACAGGAGGUACAAGAAGAACCUGAAGGCUCUCUAUGUGGUGCACCCCACCGGCUUCAUCAAGGUCCUGUGGAACGUCUUCAAGCCCCUGAUCAGCCACAAGUUUGGGAAAAAGGUCACCUACGUCAACUAUCUGAGCGAGCUCCGUGAGCACCUCAAAUGCGAGCAGCUGGCCAUCCCCCCGGAGGUUGUGCGAUACGACGAGAGGCUCCGGAACCUGCGCAAGGGCCGGCCGCUCCCUCCCGCCAAGACGCCGCCUCCGCGGCCCCCUCUGCCCACCCAGCAGUUCGGCGUCAGCCUGCAGUACCUCAAAGACAAAAACCAAGGCGAACUCAUCCCCCCUGUGCUGAAGUUCACAGUCACAUACCUGAGAGAGAAAGGGCUCCGCACGGAGGGCCUGUUCCGGAGAUCGGCCAGCGUGCAGACGGUCCACGAGAUCCAGCGGCUCUACAACCAAGGGAAGCCUGUGAACUUCGAUGACUAUGGGGACGUGCACAUCGCUGCCGUGAUCCUGAAGACCUUCCUGCGGGAGCUGCCCCAACCGCUGUUGACCUUCAAGGCCUAUGAGCAGAUCCUGGGCAUCACCAGCGUGGAGAGCAGCCUGCGGGUGACCCGCUGCCGCCAGAUCCUGCGGGGCCUUCCGGAGCACAACUACGCCGUCCUCGGCUACCUCAUGGGCUUCCUGCACGAGGUGUCCCGGGAGAGCCUCUUUAACAAGAUGACCAGCUCCAACCUGGCCUGCGUCUUCGGGCUGAAUUUAAUCUGGCCGUCCCAGGGGGCAUCUUCCCUCAGUGCCUUGGUGCCCUUGAACCUGUUCACCGAGCUGCUGAUCGAACACUACGGCAAGGUCUUCAGCACCCCAGAUGCCCGCGGGGAGCUGGGCGCAGGCCCAGCUGGGGCGGGGGAGCAGGGCGGCCCCCCCGCCAGAGGCCUCGCGGCACCCACCGCACCUCCAUCCCCUGGCAGCCGCCGGGAGACUCCGCUGGUGCUGGAAAUGUCUCGUUGA